CUGGGAGUCGUUUGCCCUGCAGAGGAAGCGGAUCAUUCAGAGCAUGAUCGAGAGCGGCGUCGCUCGCAAGAGGACGGCAGUACUGACCGACAGGCCCUGGAUGGACUCCGAGCUGAAGCGAGACACGGAGAGCAACGAGGUCUUCCUCUUCCAUGGCACCAAGGCCCACAGCGUCGACUGCAUCAUCGAUGGAGGGUUGGACGAGCGGGUGGGGAACCUGGGCGGGUCGUUCGGGGCCGGGAUCUACUUCGCCGAGAACUCGAGCAAGAGCGCUGGCUUCUGCUCCCCCAACGCCCAGGGCCUCAAGUCCAUGUUCCUCGUCCGCGUCGUCCUCGGCGAUCCGAUCGAGAACGCUCAAGUGCGGAACCAUCGACGACCUCCGCCGAACGCUUCCACUGGUCGCCUCUACGACUCAGUCAUCGGCAACCCGCAGGCCCGGGAGUUCAUCGUGUACGAUCGCAACCAGACGUAUCUGGAGCUGCUGAUCGAGUUCCGUUGAGACUUCAAACGUGAACCCCUUCUAAGUUCACCUGAACUUGAAGCGUCCGAGUCCUUCCGAUGCUACUCUGGCACCGCUCAAGUCCCCGGUCACACUGCUCCAGGGGAGGACAGACGAGACGAGACGAGACGAGACGAGACGAGACGAGACGAGACGAGACGAGACGAGACGAGACGAGACGAGACGAGACGAGACGAGACGAGACGAGACGAGACGAGACGAGACGAGACGAGACGAGACGAGACGAGACGAGACGAGACGAGACGAGUGGAGUGGAGACGAGAGGAAAUCAGCUGACGCGAUGAGCUGGGAGAAAUUGAGCGAGCCACUGACAUCUCUAAGCUUCAAAUAUCCCACAUCAAGUAACUUGACCGUCUCUCCUCUAGCCCUGCUAGCAUCUCGAAGGCACUCGACCUUAGCCGGUUGGCUCCUACUCUUUGCCGUGAGGUACAGGCAAGCACAACAGUGAGCCAUGAGAUGGGUUUCAGCAACUUCAUACAAGCAAGCAAGACCGCU